AUGACGUCGUCACCCCCCUUGAAUCCAAGUACCAGCGGCUCUUUAUUCCUUGCUUCAUUCCCAAUAUUGGGGGCUGCUCAUGUCGCUCGCGCGCGGUCGAGUCGCCAGGCUCUCGUCCUCCUCCGUCCGUCCCUCCAGCUCAGGCCAAGCCCAGGCCAGACCAGGUCAGCCCAGGUAGAACCACAGAACCACAGGCAGCCAGGGCUUGUUUGGGGUCUCAGGUCUCACACAAACUUGUCAGUCCGUCAGUCCGAAUCGCCUGUCUACUACACUACUGGUACUGGUACUGCCACUGCUACUGCUACUGCUACUGCUACUGCUACUGCUAUUGCUACUGCUACUGCUACUGCUAUCAAUCACUGUAGCCAGUAUUUAGCCGCCGGAAGCGAAAUCAAGAGACAAGGAAGCUCUCGCCUUCCUAUAACGUCGCCAAAUACCCGCCCUGCUCCCAGAUGA